AUGUCAUGGGUUUCUGCUGGACCAAUCGAUUUAGAGGAUGAGAAAUUACGUGUAUUUAAGUUGCUCACUGUUACCUACGGAACCAAAUGCGCUCCUUACUUGGCGACCAGAGUACUAAAACAAAUAUGCUGUGAUGAGCAGAACAACUAUCCUUUAGCCGCUGCUGCUGGCAAAGAUUUUUACGUCGACGAUAUACUCAGUGGUACCGAGGAUUUAUCUUCUGCCAUUGAACUACAAAACCAGUUAAUACAAUUGUUAAAAUCAGCUGGUAUGGAGCUUCACAAAUGGAGCUCAAAUAAUCCUGUUUUGUUACAAAAUGUCCCAACGUCGGACCGAGAAUACAAUUUCGAUAACCCCAACUCAGCUACUUUAAAAACUUUGGGAUUACAAUUGAAUCCUGAAAAGGAUACAUUUAGUUUUAGUGUUCAAAAAAUUGUGAGACCUGCAACAAAAAGAACAAUGCUAUCGGACAUAUCCAGAUUGUUUGAUCCUUUAGGCCUCUUAGGACCUUUGAUAAUCACAGCGAAAAUGUUCUUGCAGAAGUUGUGGAUUUUAAGAAUUGAUUGGGACGAUGAAGUUCCCUUACACUUAAAUAGAGAGUGGGAAAAAUUUAGUUCUGAAUUGAGUCAAUUGAAAAAUGUAAACAUAGAUCGUCAUGUGUUAUGUUCUAAAGUUCUGAAAGUAGACCUGAUAGGCUUCGGAGAUGCUUCGAAAAAUGCAUAUGGUUGUGCUAUCUACACCAGGUCUUUGUCAAGGUCUGGUGAGAUAAAGGUGUCACUCUUAUGCAGCAAAUCUCGAGUGGCUCCCAUCAAAGAAAUUAGUAUCCCACGUUUGGAGCUGUGUGCAGCGGAUUUGCUUUCCACGCUUACCGUUAAGGUUCUGUCAUCCUUGCAACUAGACAUUGAUGGAGUACAUUUGUACUCGGACUCCACUGUGGUGCUUGCUUGGAUCAAAACUCCACCUACAUCGUUGAAAACUUUUGUGGCUAAUCGAGUCGCUAGGAUUCAAGAGUAUACUAAGAACUUCCAAUGGCAUUAUGUAAAUACUGCUGAGAAUCCUGCGGACUUGAUAUCACGAAGAGUUUUCCCUUCAAAGAUCCAACAGUUGGACAUUUGGUGGCAUGGACCGUCUUUUCUUUCAUCUAGUAGCUGUCCAAACUUCAAUGACGAUCCUGGUGUCUCAGAUGAUGAAUAUCUUUUUGAGGUUUGUCAAGAAUCUAAAAGAAGCAGUGAAGACAACCGGUCCACUGAAUGCUGA